UGUAAAUCCAUAGCCGCCGCACGCAUCGGCUGACAUAACUGGCAUAGAUAAUUUUUAUAGCAGGCUGUCGGCAGGAAAGCGCAACGGGAUUUCAGCGGAGCCGGAGCGUUGUACUCGACAGUUCUCUGCAGUUUUGUAAUUCUGUAGUUAAUAAUACACGUUUACACAUUUUGCUCUUGGUUUUAAAAUGAAAAUUGCUAUUAUCGGGGCGGGUGCUGCCGGCCUUGCAGCCUUAAAAUAUGGCCUUGAUCAAGGCCACACGUGUACAGCCUUCGAACAAGCCGAACAUAUUGGUGGUACCUGGAAUUAUACAGAUCGGACUAAUAUUGAUGAAUAUGGAUUACCGGUUCAUUCUUCCAUGUACCAAGGCUUAAGAACUAACCUGCCAAAGGAAGUGAUGGAAUAUCAGAAUUUUCCUUAUGAUGUAAAUUUAAAAUCUUACAUAACUCAACCAGAUGUUUUGGACUAUAUAAAUAGGUUUGCUACGCAUCAUAAUCUCCAUCCCCAUAUCAAGCUUUUAAGGCAUAUCCUUGAGAUCGAUCCACUACCUAACGAAAAAUGGAAAAUUAAAGAAAAGCAUCUUAAAUCACAGGAAAUCUCUGAGCAUAUUUUCGAUGCUGUGAUGAUUUGUGUAGGAAAUUAUUCUACACCAAACAUUCCCAAGAUUCCUGGAGCGAAUGAGUUCACAGGUGGGGCUAUUCACAGUCACAACUACAGAAAGUCAGACUCAUACAAGGGAAAAACAGUUUUAGUAAUUGGUGCAGGACCUUCAGGUGUAGACAUCUCAAGAAUCAUUGGUGAAGUAGCUGAAAAAGUUUAUAUCAGUUAUGGCGGUAGAAUAUUUUGUAAGGCUGAAGAUUAUGUAUUACACAAACCUAUAGUUAAGAAAUUAACCGCCAACACCGCUGUCUUCGAAGAUGGUAGUGAAGAAGUGAUCGACGAAAUUAUAUAUUGUACUGGUUAUUUAUACUCCUAUCCAUUUUUGACUCCAAAAUGUGGCAUAGAGAUCGAAAAUAAUUGGGUAAAAUAUUUAUAUAAACAUAUAAUCAAUAUUCAACAUCCUACCAUGGGAUUUAUAGGAAUUACUUUACAUUUGCUGUUUCCAACAGUCGAUAUACAGAUUCGAUUUUUCCUUGAAUUCCUCAAAAAUACAAACCGAUUUUCGCAAGAAGAAAUGAAACAAGAUAUUUUGAAGAACAUAGAGAUAAGGAAAGAACAAGCUUUGCCUCAACACCGUGUCCAUGAAAUAGCAAUGAAACUCUAUCGUGGGUACACAGACAAUUUAGCAGACACUCUGGGCAUUAAACGAGUGAGACCGGUCAUUCAAAAUCUCUACGAGCAUUUGGGGAACAGUAGGGACAUUAAUAAGAGAUACAAGAUACUAAAUGACCACGAAUUUGUAGAGUAUUAUUGAAUGUACAAGCGAGAUGUAUAGUCUGGCCGACAAGAGAAGGUAUCUCAGUGACAGUUGUUGUCUGUCAUUUAAAUUCAACAAUAAAUUUAUUUUAUGUCAUUUUUUUGCUGUCAGUCGAAAUCUUCCCUUUUCUCGUUGGACAUACUUUAGACUAAAUCUACUGGCAUAUAAUUUUACAAUUAUUUGCUGUAUAAAGAAUUUAUAUUUUUAUAUACAAUUUUUUUUACAUAAUAUUAUAUGUAAAUAUAUACAUAUGUUUAUAUAUUUUUAGAAGAAUGUGUAAUAAAAUUAUAUUAGAUUA